AUGACCACCGAUUCCACAGUGCCGUCACCGACGGAGAUUCAGUUUGCUGUGGUGGAGAUGCCCCAGGCCUCUGUCGGAAUUAAGGGACCUUCAUUAAUCAAGAAUGGAAUUUAUAACAUUAAGCAAAAAUAUCGAAAGUCAGACAAAGUCUUGAUUUGCCUAAUUUUAACCUGUAUAAUAGUGAGUUGUAUAUUGUUCACUGCUCCAAUACCCUUACUGGCUGUUGGUGGAUCAUUUUUGCAGCAGAGUGUGACACCAUCUGCUUCAACUACCAUCUCUGACGGUAAAGCCAUUAUUUACACUAGAUUUCCGUGUUUCAUUGUUGGAACACGAGACUGCUCCAAUGCAGACACUGGUCGCGGCAUAGCUUUUCGAAUUUCGUUUCCAACCUUUUCAAAAGACAGUUCCAAUAAUUUAUCACAAACAAAUCCCAAAAAACCUUACAAAACCCUUCUCUCUGACUCGUGCUAUCCAAAAACACAGCAAUAUCAUACAGAAUCAGAGUAUGUGUGCUAUACUAACAAGGACGAAAGCAAAGUUUCACUAACUGAACCUUCCAAUAAUCAAAGUUCAUACUUGACCAAUGUUGGAUUCCAAUUACUGUUAUUUGGAAUUAUUGGAUUUAUUUCCAGUAUCUGUAUUGUGAUCUCGUUAUGCUGUAUUUGUUGGAUUCUCAUUGAACAUAAACCCUGGCUUCAAGAUAAUUUAACAGUCUCUGAACAACUUCAAAUGGAAGCUACAGAAGAGCCUCACGAAAAUACAAGGAAGCCAAUUUGGUGUGACAAAAACAAUAAUAUUUAUUAUCUAACUUUUUACUAA